AUGGUGGCAGAGAAAGAUGGUUCGAGCCCCCCGAAACUCACUGGAGAGAGACCCCCACAACAACAGCAGCCACUGGGGCAGCUGAGGAGAACCAAGCAGCAGGUCACCGAUGGAUUCACUGUUAAAGCCAUGAUGAGAAACACUGUGGUAAGAGGACCCCCAGUUGCAGGAGCAUUUAAAGAAAGACCAACGAAGCCUACAGCAUUUCGCAAGUUUUAUGAGCGAGGAGACUUCCCAAUUGCCCUUGAGCAUGAUACAAGAGGAAAUAAAAUAGCCUGGAAGGUGGAGAUUGAGAAAUUGGACUAUCAUCACUAUCUGCCUCUGUUUUUUGAUGGGCUUUGUGAAAUGACAUUUCCCUAUGAGUUUUUCGCUCGGCAAGGAAUCCAUGACAUGCUGGAACAUGGGGGAAACAAGAUUCUUCCAGUCAUUCCUCAGCUCAUUAUCCCAAUAAAAAAUGCACUGAACCUUCGUAACCGCCAGGUCAUCUGCAUCACGCUCAAAGUCCUCCAGCACCUGGUAGUGUCAGCUGACAUGGUGGGGGAAGCCUUGGUGCCCUAUUAUCGUCAAAUCCUCCCCAUCCUAAACAUCUUUAAGAAUAUGAAUGUGAAUUCAGGAGACGGUAUUGACUACAGCCAGCAGAAGCGUGAAAAUAUUGGAGAUUUGAUUCAAGAGACACUGGAAGCCUUUGAGCGCUAUGGUGGAGAAGACGCUUAUAUCAACAUUAAAUACAUGGUCCCUACCUAUCAAUCGUGCUUGUUAAACUAA